ACACACUUCUCAUCAUCUUCUAUUCAUCCACAAACACACAAACACAAACCUGUUUCAUUGCACCUUCCUCUUCUUCUUCUUCACUAGUUCACUCCAUUCACAUGGCUAUAUUAACCACUCUUUUUCUUGUUUUUCUUUUCAUAAUUGGCCUUAUUUCCACUCUUUAUCAUAUACCCACAAAAAAAAUUGCCACUUUAUUUGGAUUCCAAUCUCCAAGCAAUCAAGAUUCACUCAAGAACCAAACCAUAGAAAAACACAACAACAACAACAACAACAACAACAACAACAACAACAACAACGACAACGACAACGACGACGACAAGAUGGUGAUGAACAAGAGGAGGAAUCAAUAUUCGGAUUCAAGCGAAAGAAAAGCCGAACUAAAGAGUGUUUUCGCCACUUUUGACAAGAACAAAGAUGGGUUCAUCACAAAACAAGAGUUAUCUGACUCACUAAAGAACAUUGGGGUGUCAACAAGUAAUAAAGACUUGUUGGAAAUGGUUCAAAGGGUGGAUGUUAACGGCGAUGGAUUGAUCGAUUUCGACGAGUUUUGUGAGCUUUUUGAGUCCAUGAUGAGUGAAGAAGAUGAAGAUGGAAACAAGGGGGGUAGUGGUGAUGGAAGUUUUGAUCAUGGAGAUGGUGAUUUGAAAGAUGCUUUUGAUGUGUUUGAUGGGGAUAAAAAUGGGCUUAUAAGUGUUGAAGAGUUGGGAUUGGUUUUGGAUUCAUUGGGGUUUAAGGAAGGUAAGAAGUUGGAGGAUUGUAAGAAGAUGAUUAGCAAAGUCGAUACCGAUGGUGAUGGUAUGAUCAAUUUUCAAGAAUUCAAGAAGAUGAUGAAGAAUGGUGUUAAUCUUAUUCCGGUCUCUUGAUUCGUGUUAUGUCUAGCAAAAGAGGAAAAAUCUUUGGGUUUUUUCGCGCUUAUGGCAACACGCGUUGUAUCGCGAUAACAAACACUUAAGAUUUAGGUAUUUGAAGCAGGGGAAUGUAUAUAGUGUAGUAUUUGACUUGAUCUUUACAUGUGUUUGGUGAUUAAAAUGUAAUGGUAAUUUAGUACUAGUGUUAGUUUUUAUUGUAUGUAGUAUUUGACUUGAUCUUUGUUGUAUGUAGUUGAACAAGUUAAAUGGGUUUUCAUUUUGUUAUAUGGAUU